CUUUGGAAUUGAGAUGAUGAUGUCGGGCGGUUUGGAUCAUGAUGAUGGGUUUAAGAAGAGGAAGAGAUCGGGGGAAAGAGUGGUGUACAAGUUCAAGAUGUUCGGGGAAGACGGUUGCCCGGCCUCCUUGGACAACAACAACGAGUUCGAGGAGAACAUGCGGGCUCUCCUCGAAUACGCCAAGCCGGAGGUUGGGUUGUGCGGUGCGAUGCCAAGCUGGUCGUUCCAGCUCGAGAUCCACCGCCACCCGCCGUCCUACGUCUUCCUCUUUGUCAUUGAGGAGCCGGUUGAAUCGUCUCUCAACCCUAAGUGCAAGCAUUGCCAGUAUAUAGGGUGGGGUGACCAUUUGAUCUGCAACAAGAAAUACCAUUUUGUGUUCCCGUCUAAGGACACCAUGGCGGCUUGUUUCAAUUUCUGCCAGCGCGCAAACAGCGGCGGCGCCACCAUCCUAAACUCGACGGCGCCGGAAAUCCAACUGGCGGCGGCGUCAAGCACGAUGAUGAUCGAGUUGGAAGGCCACACCAUGCACGGCGUUUUCCACUGCAACGGUUUCGGGCAUUUGAUAUGCAUUAAUGGUUUGGAGAGUGGAUCCAUCUUGCCUGGCCAUCAUCUCAUGGAUUUCUGGAAUCGCUUGUGCUCCGCUUUGCAUGCCAGGAGCGUGAGCUUGAGAGACACGUCGGAGAAGAGAGGAAUGGAUCUACGGCUGCUUUAUGCGGUGGGGUACGGCGAGUCGUGGUUCGGGCGGUGGGGCUACAAGUUCGGGCGCGGCACCUACGGCGUGAGCCAGGAGAUGUACGAAAGCGCGGUGGCGAGCGUGCAGAAGACGCCGCUGACGGCGGUGGCGGCUCAACCCUCUCCGAACCAGCACGAAUUGCUCAUCAUACUGUCGAGGUACCAAAUCCUCUCCGGCCAUUCUCUGCACACUCUCCACGACGCCUUCCACUUCAUGCUUGACCUCAAAUCCCGCAUCCCCCAAGAUGAAUCGCCUGUCGGUGGCUGCUAUCCAGGGUUGUUGGUGGUGGACAACACAUGUAGAUGGUCUCCCAAACGAGUCGAAAUGGCCAUUAGGGUGAUUGUCGAAGCCUUAAAAAGAGCUAAUUAUCGAUGGGUUUCAAGGCAACAGGUCCGAGACGCGGCUCGAAGUUACAUCGGUGACACCGGUCUCCUUGAUUUCGUCCUCAAAUCUCUGGGAAACCACAUAGUUGGGAAGUACCUAGUGCGGCGCUGCCUCAACCCCGUAACCAAAGUCUUGGAGUAUUGUUUGGAAGACAUUUCUAAUGCAUUCCCCAAAUAUGACGACAUUGCGGGCGGACUUAGAGUAACAACAACCAACAACGCGAAGAUGAAGCCCAAGUAUAAAAUCACUAGAGUACAACUCAUGAAGGAUGUGCAGUUCCUAUACAAAAACAUUCUAAUGGUAGAGAGUGGUUUAGGAGUGUUUGAGACGAUCCCCGCCACCUCUCGGGUUAUUUUGGAUGCCAAGUACUUUCUCAAGGAAUACAAUGCUCCAAAACUCGUGAAAACCUCUGGAAAUUCGACCGUAUAUUGUGCUAUAAGGAUGACAUACUCGGAUGCGUUGUUAGGUUUCGAACAAGAAAAGGUCGUGACACCGUAUGAAUGCAUGGCACUGGAUAAAGACACAACGUUUGACGAUCUACGGAUUGCGGUAGAGAAAAACUUUAAAGAUAAGUAUUGGGGGUUGAAGACUAACAAUUUCAUGGCUAAUUUGAACUUCUACCCAAAUGGUUCAGACUUGGUGCUUGAGGCCAUCAAAGGUGGGAGCAAGUUGGUGUUUGAGGGGUUUAUUGGUGGAGAAAAUGUGGACUAUAGUGGAAUGUUUGAAGGGAUAGACAGGAAUAGCAUUUUUGUGGAUUGUCCUUGUGGCACCAGGGAUGAGGAUGAUGGUGAGAGGAUGGUAUGUUGUGAUAUAUGUGAUGUAUGGCAGCAUACUCGUUGUGUACACAUCCCUAAGAACCAACCAAUUCCAAAUAUUUUUGUAUGCACCAAGUGUGAACAGCAUAUCUUACAUUUCCCCUCUUUGCCAUAGAUCCAUCAAGGACAAAAAGAGAUUAUAUAUGUUAAUGCACUAUAGAGUUGGAAUGAUUGCAAUUUUAUUCUAAUGUUAUUUAGGAACUUUGAUUAAGCAUCAUAAAUAAAUAUUAGUAGGAUACAAAUUUAUUGCAAAUCGUUUGUUUUUAUUUUAAGUAUCGCUGGA